CAAGCCCCAAGUAUUGUUUACAUUAUUAAAAUUCAAAACAAAAAACCAAAAUCGUCAUCCGAACCCCGAUUAACGUCCCUCAAUGGACAAAUCAAAAUCAGAAUUCACAAAAAAGUCACCAAAAUCAAUCGACUGCAGCAGCUGUAAAUACAAAUGUUCAUUAAACUUUCCACAAAAUAUUCGUGAAAAGAUUUGCGAGAGUUUUUGGAAUCUCAAAGAUUAUCGGAGACAAAAAGAUUUUAUUUUAGCAAAUGUCAAGUCAGCAACACCAAAAAGAAGACGUCCAUCAAAUCCGUCAAGUGAAAUUAAAAGAACAAAUUCAAAAACUUUUUAUUUGUGCGACAAACGAGUUUGCCAGAACUUCUUUCUUAAAACUUUGUCAAUCUCGAAUGGUCCACUGAUUAAAGCCUUCCAAUACAAAAAUAAGUACACAAAUUUCUUUGAUUCUGAGGAUCGUCGAGGGAAGCACGAGCCUAGCAAUAAAAUUAAGCCAGAAAUUGUGAAUUCAAUAAAAGAAUUUUUAAUGCUCAAAUGCAUGCCUGACAAUGACAGCAAGUUUAGAAAGAAAGUUAUUUGUGAUUUAAAUUUUCGAAGUCUGAGGACAUUGUACAAUAGCUUUAAGUCAGGCAAUCAUGAAUCCUGUCCAUCGUACACAACUUUUAAGAGAAUUUUUUAUGAAAAUAAUUUCACAUUUCCUCAAGAUCGGCUUAAAAUGAAACCAGUCAAGCCAGAACCAAAAAUUGAGAUAAAAAGUGUUGAAGUUGUGAAUUUUGAGACAGCAGCAAUCGCUGAUAGUAAGGAGAUUAUGCAGGAUCAAGUUGAACAUCCUAAAGUUAUCGUUACUGUACCAGAAAGUUCAAAGUUCUUAACAAAUCAAGCUGAAGUCUAUGAAAUCCAGUUCAUUCAUAUACCGACGAUUAAUACUUUAUAGUAAAAGAUAUUUGGAGAGCAGCACUAUGGACUAUGAUAGAUGAGUCAAAACCUUUAAGGAACUAAGGCUUACCUCAGCUAAACUUUAGCAUACUUGAGGCUAAAUUACAGUCGAUACUACAGCUAUGUAAGUAAGACCUGGAUACGACAGAUUUAAAGCAACUGGAUUCUAUGGAUUAAUGAGUAAUUGAAAUUAAACAACUGUAAAUAAAAUUUUUAAAUUAAUUUUAAAA